CAGGGAUGGAUCGUGGACCAACUCAAGACUGCAGCCCAGCUGCUGUGACAAUCAGCCAAGUUUGCCUGAACUUCGGCAAGAUGAACAUUCUACACAACCUCAGCCUCACGUUGCCACAAGGCCACAUAUACGGACUGCUAGGACCGAGUGGCUGCGGUAAAACCACGCUCCUCCGCUGUGUUCUGGGCCGACUCCGCAUCUCCAGUGGUCGCAUCACCGUUCUGGGGAAGCCUCCCGCCUUUCCUGGCCAUGGCGUUCCCGGCAGGAUGGUGGGAUACAUGCCACAGGAGCUGGCACUGUACCAUGAGUUCAGCAUCGCCGACACCUUGCAUUACUUUGGCCGCAUACACGGGCUGAAGAGGAAAGAUAUCCAGGCACGCCUCUCCUUCCUGGUCGAUUUCCUCGACCUUCCUGACAAGCACAUACUCAUAAAGCACCUCAGCGGUGGGCAGAGGCGGCGUGUGUCUCUGGGGGCUGCUCUACUCCAGCAGCCUCCGCUCCUGCUCCUGGACGAGCCGACCGUCGGCGUGGACCCAGUGCUGCGGACCAGGAUUUGGCAACACUUGGUGGACAUAGUGAAAGGACAAGGGACCUCAGUGAUCGUAACCACACAUUACAUAGAAGAAGCCCGACAGGCCCACCUGGUUGGAUUAAUGAGAAAUGGUAAACUCCUUGUAGAAGCACCACCUGAUUAUUUAAUAAGAUUCUACAGCAUGUCAUCAUUGGAGACCGUAUUCCUGAAGUUGUGUAAAAUCUCAGAUCAGUCGACAACUGACUCUGGUGUUUUCCAAAAGAAUAAACACAGAUUCAGGGUGAAAAACGUGCAGGAGACGCAGCCGAUUCUCAACGGGGACAUCGAUCACAACAAGUUGAAAGUGGACUGGAAGUUGUGGAUGAGAAGCCUGAUCCCUAAAUGGAGAAACAUUGCAGCUUUGGUGAUUAAAACCUUCACUAGGAUCAGAAGGAUGCCUGGGUCUCUCGGAUUCCAGUUCGUGCUGCCCGUCAUUCAGAUCUCACUGAUCUGUCUGUGUAUUGGGGGCAAUCCUCGCGACCUGCCCGUGGCUGUGGUGAACAAUGACACAGGACAGCCUGCCUUCAGUCACAGGCUUCUGUGGCGCCUUGAUAACAACACCAUUAUCCAGGUUCACUUAAACCAGUCCGAUGCCGUUCAGGGUGUAAAAGAUGGGACAUACUGGGGAGUGAUUGGCUUUGGAGCAAACUACACACAAGAUAUUCUCUUAAGGGCAACACAGAAGAAGAUUGAGGACAGUGCGGUUGAUGGAGGUUCGAUCCACCUCUGGCUAGAUAUGACUAAUCAACAGAUCGCAGUCACCAUUGAGCAACAGUUGCGGGGGGCGUACGAGGGUUUAGUUAAGGAGGAGCUGAGUAACUACUCCAGUUGGGCGGCUGCUCCCGUGAAGAUUGAAAAGCCGAUAUAUGGCCAUAAGCAUUCCAACUUUACUAUAUUUAUCGCACCUGGUGCAAUCUUAAGCAUCACCUUCUUCCUGGCGCUGGGACUGACAACGCUUUCCUUUGUGAUCGAGCGGAGAGAAGGUCUAAUGGACAGAGGCUGGGUGGCAGGUAUUAGUUCCCUGGAGGUCAUGCUGGCUCACAUCCUUUCCCAGCUGGUGACGAUGACCGUUCAGAUCAUUCUGCUGCUCAUCUUUACAUUCCUCGUUUUCAAGAUUCCGAAUGAAGGGUCCUUGCUGCUGGUGGCCAUUCUCAUCUUGCUGCAAGGCAUCACCGGCAUAUCUCUGGGCCUCGUCAUCUCCGCUGCCUUUGACGAUGAGCAGUCAGCAGCCCAGGUGGCUCUCGGCAUCUUCUACCCUGAUAUCGUGCUCAGCGGAGUCAUUUGGCCAGUUGAAAGUAUUCCGUACGCGCUCAGAUGCAUCAGUUUAACUUUGCCACAAACGUAUGCAUCAGAAGCUCUGCGAUGUAUACUCUACCGAGGUUGGGGAUUCAGCCACUGGCCUGUGUGGACUGCAUUUGUCAUCACGUUGUCCUGGAAUGCAUUUUUCCUUUUAUUAGCAACAAUAAUAUUGAAAGUAAGAAGAUAACAAAGAUGGGAAGAAAUGUGUUGGAAGGAACUGCAGAUGCUGGUUUAAACCGAAGAUAGACACCAAAAGCUGGAGUAUACCAGCGAGUCAGGCAGCAUCUCUGGAGAGAAGGAAUAGUCUGUUUCGAGGACUAGAUCUGAAUGAUCGAUCGACAUCCAGGUAACGGAAGCUCAGGAGGAGGUUCAGAGAGAAACCAUCUGUAAUUGUAGAGUUGAAAAUGAAUUUUGUGCCAAACUUAGCAUUUCUACAGUGUUUUGUUUUUAAUCUAACUUUGAAACACAAAGAU